AUGAAUACGACGAAAGAAAUAAUAAGUCAAAUAGAGCCGGCCAAAGAUUCAAUUCAGAGCAUAGGAAAUGAAAAUAUUGAUGAGGAUAGAUGCAUGAUAGCCAUACGUUCCGGGGAAAUAAUUACUGCAGGAAGAGCAGAGAAGGCAUGCAAAAUGGUAUUUCAACACUCCACUGUAUCACUGGUGCAUUUUAUGGUUUGGGGAAUUCAGUUCGAUGCGGAUAGCGUCCCAUUGGUCUACUUACGCGAUGUAUCGCUCAAUGGGAUGUUGGUGAACGGAGAGACAGUAGGGCGUAAUCAGACAGCUCUUCUCUACGAUGGGGAUAUCAUAGAAGUGAGAUGUGUAGCUGUAUUUAGGUUUCGGGAAUUUGAAUGUGCCCAAUGGCUGCAAACACCAAAGAGACAGAGUACAAUCAAGGACUGGACCAUAAGCUACAGGAUGUUGGGUUCAGGUUCUUUUGGAUCGGUGUAUGUCGCGAAGUAUAAGGAUGAAAAGAAAAACUUUGCAGUCAAGGUAAUAAAGGGGUUAAGCAACUCAAAUAAUCCGUCGUUACGCCAGGAACGGUUUAAAAAUGAAGCUGAAAUUUUACUGAAAAUAAACCACGUCCACGAUACCCUUUUACUUGACGAACAUAUCUACAUUUUUGAAGACUUAAUUUGUGGAGGGGACUUAUUUUCGUAUCUUAUUAAGGGAAAUUGCCUUAAGGCAAUACCCGAGAACGAGGUGAUUCUUAUAGUAUUCCAACUUUUGCAAGCGCUUGACUAUUUACAUAAUCUGCUCCAAGUAAUCCAUAGAGAUUUGAAAUUGGACAAUGUUUUGCUUAAAGCACCGAUACCGUGUACAAAAAUUAUACUUUGUGACUUUGGCAUUGCGAAAUCGUUACAACGCUUGAAUCAACGAACAAAAACCAUAGUCGGUACCGUGGAAUACAGUGCACCUGAGAUAUUUACUCUUGAUAAAAGACUAAAUGAACAUAAUAAUAUACAAGCCUUCACUAAAACAUGGUUUAAAGGUGAGGGUUACGAUUACAAAUGCGAUACUUGGUCACUAGGUAUUAUGAUUCAUAUUAUGUUAUCCGGUAUAUCACCCUUUUACAGUGAUGGCGACGAAGUUGGAAUGGUCAAGAGUGCUAAAUUAGGACAACUUAAUUUUGGACGACACCAAUGGCAAAACGUGAGUCCUGCUGCAAAAGAUUUUAUUCGAAAGUUAGUGGAAAUCGAUCCCAUUAAAAGAUAUAAUAUUGAUGAAUGCAUAAAACAUGAGUGGAUUUCAAAACGCCAGCCCCAACUACAGCAAAUUUAUGAAUCGAAAAUACUACAUCAGUAG